UUUUAAUGCAAUAAUUUCCAUUGUAAGAUUAAUAAAAUUAAAGUUAAUUUAUAGUUGGAGUUUAUUAUUUAAAUAAUCUUAUUGAUCAAAAUUUAACGGAACCCAUUUUGAUUCAAGGCUCAUUUAAUACGACAAACAGGAAUUAUGCAAUGAUUGUAAAUUAAUAAUAUCAAAAUGGAACAUCCCUUUAUAUUUCUAACGAAUCGAUAUAUAAUUACCCAAUAAGUACUUGGAAUUUAAAUUGUAUUGCUUAUACUAAUAAUCAGUCAAUGUACAUUCAAAUAUUCUGUUAGAACCAAUUUUCAAAUGGUAUUUAUGAUAUUAUAUUUUAUCUUCCUCCGAAAUUUCAUUUUAAUUUUAGUUCAUCAGCAUAUGCUCUGUUUUCUAUAAUUAUUUUACUGAUAAUAUUUUUUUACAUCAGAUUUAUAUACAAGACAAGAAAUUUAGGGUAUAUUAAUGCAGAAAUUGAAUUAUGA